AUGUAUUUUCAGCAGGAGUGGUAUGAUCAUCGACUAUCGCAUAACAACAGUUCACCAAUUUUGGUGAAAGAUAAAAAAGUGUUUGGAGAGAUGUGGCAUCCAGAUGUAUACUUUGCCAAUGCGAAAUCAGCUUCUUUUCAGGAAAUAACAGAUGACAAUUUUCUUGUAUGGGUCUAUCCAAAUGGACGGGUAUGGUAUGAUGCCAGAAUUUCAAUUGUUGUUUCAUGUAACAUGGAUUUAUGGAAAUAUCCGCUUGAUUCACAGCAUUGUCCUCUUAGGAUGCAUACCCUGAAUCAGUUCUGCGGCUGGUUUGGUCAGUGGCAGAAGAUGGAUCUCCUGCUAUUGAUCGAAAUCGAGAAAUUACCAUGCCUGACAUGCAACUCAAGGACAUCCGCACAGCUUACUGUAAUGGAACAUAUGCCACCGGCGAGUGUGUGGAGUUGCAUGAUGGCAGUAUUCUAUGUGGAAAGAGAAAUGAUGCAUCAUGUGAUGCAAACUUAUCUGCCCACAGCAUUAAUUGUCGUCAUAUCAUGGUUCAGUUUUUGGCUCGAUGUUGACUCAGCUCCAGCCCGAGUGACGUUAAGCAUUACAACGUUGCUAACCAUCUCCACGCAAGCGAAUGCAGUAAAACUCGCUUUGCCAGAAGUAUCCUACAUGAAGGCUAUCGAUGUGUGGAUGGGUUCUUGUAUGACGGCAUUAUUUAAACAUUUGAUCCCUCCUCAUGCAAAGAAAGUAUGUCGGGAUAUCCUAAAUGCUCAAUUUCGAUUCUCACUGUAUUGUAAGAUCAUUCGCGUGCGUAGUCAUUACUGUAGUAGCCCUUACUGCUAA